AUGGGGGAUUCAAUGUUUCCCAUGUACUUUGGACUACCGGAUCCUCACAUUUUCAGACUUCCCUCCGAUUCUCAUCCCCUACCUAGCAGUCCCACAUCGCGAUCCCAGCUGUCUUGGGAUAGGCCAAUCAACAUAAGCCCGGCUCUGUUCUAUCGCACCCUCGAUGUUAGACUACCUCUGCUUAUCGCCACCCUCUACGCAUUAAUUGUCUGUACCUUCAAUCAUAUCAACCGAAAGCGACAAAAUCGUCCAUGGCCCCUAAGCCGUAGUCCUCUAUUUUCUCAGUUUGUGCUCGUCCAUAACGUGGGUCUGGUGCUCUUCUCUGCAUGGAUGGCCCUGGGCACUUAUCAAACCAUCAAAUCGACCCUAAUGAAUCAACGACAUAGCCAACCUCUCGCAUCUGCUAUACACGUACUUUGCAAAUUCGACAGGAAGGAAGAAUUGAGUUAUUUCAUCCAGCGAAGGAUAUCAGAAGAACCACGUUCUCAGCUGGAUGUAAAUGACCACAGUUUUAACAUUCCCCAUCAUGAAAUAUUGCAGUUUGAUUCCUUAUGGGAUCGCGGUAUUGACUACUACAUGUGGAUGUUCUACAUGUCCAAAUUCUACGAGGUUGUCGAUACAAUACUUCUUCUUCUGAAGGGAAAGAAGAGCUCUUUCCUGCAAACUUAUCACCAUGCAGGUGUCAUGUUAUGCACAUGGGCAGGUGUGAGAUACGCGUCUCCACCGGGUCUUGUCGGCCUUCUCUUGAACUCGGUGAUCCACACAAUCAUGUACUUCUACUACACCCUUGCCACCCUCAAGAUUGCAGUACCGGGCUUUCUCAAACGUAUCCUUACUGGGAUGCAAAUCGCCCAGUUCAUCCUCGGAUCGAUUUUCGCAUGGUCCUACAUCUUUAUUUCGUACGAUGCGUCUAUCUGGCCCCCAUUAGCUUCGAUAGAUAACAAACGCGAAGAAAACCAUGGGAAUGAGAGUCGGACGAACAUAUCCCUUCCCCAAGAUAAUUCCCACCUGGUUCCAUGCUUGGACAACAGCGGGCAAGUGUUUGCAUUGCUCUUGACCACACUCUAUCUUAUACCGUUGACAUUUCUCUUUCUUCGGUUUUUCGUCAGAUCAUACCUGUCCGGGCCGAAGCGAAAGUUGGCGAAGCAGUAG